AUGAGAAAGAAGAACAUUCUCACGCACUUGUUUAAGACAGUUAAAGAUCAACGGAUGGCUGAUUUCUUUGCUCAAGACUUUCGACAGGAGAAAUGGCGGAAAGCCGCAGCAAAAAACGCCUUUGUUUUAAUGGGGAAACAGCGUUUCCAAGAUGCUGCGGCAUUUUUUCUGCUGUCAGGCUCUCUGAAAGAUGCUGUCCAAACUGUCCUAAGCAAGCUGCAUGAUUUGCAACUAGCAAUGGUAAUUAUACGACUUUAUGAAAGUGACAUUGAUUCGAGAUGGUCAUUAAUGCGAGAGCUUUUCUGUCGAGAAGUUUUGGGGGUUGAGGUAGAGGAUGAUCCGUUUGUGCGCUCUAUGGCGUUCUGGAUUUUGAAGGAAUAUUCACGAGCGGCCGCAACUUUGCUACAAGAAGGAAGCAGAAGUCACUUUGAGAAUUCUUCAACUGAUUGCUCGUUGUCUGAUAUUUUUAACUUUUACACGUUCUUGAGAAAUCACCCGUUAGUUGUUCGGCAACGUUUGGCUGAUGCUGGAAUACAGAUUGGGUCUACUGAACAGUUUUUGGCUCUAGCAAAGAAACUGUCUGCUAUAGUAACACCAAGUGAGAGACGUUUGUACUUCCGUACUGCAAGUGCUCAUAUGGCCUCUGGUUGUCCUAUGCUUGCGCUUGAUGUUUUGAUGCGUCUGCCAAGAACCGUGUAUUUGGCUGGCCCUCACUCCGGUUUAUUAAAAACUUUGGCUGGUGAUUCUGAGGUUACUAAAUUUUUUAUGUCCGAUAGCAUUCAUAUAUUGAAGACUAAGACUGAAAAUGACAAAGCUGCAACAGUUGAUUGGUCUGCGCCUACUGUUGUCACAACAGACGAUGAACUGAAGUUGGACUGGAGUGGCGAUGAAGAUGAAGAACAAGGGGAAAAUAGCCAUGGACAGGAAAAACCGGUGCCAGUGGUCCCUGAAGGUUCUUUGGGUAACAGUGGCAUUGGCGUUAUGGAUGUGAUAGCACAACAUAUGAAAUUCGUUGCAUCUUUACAUUUAAUGAUGGAGGAAAUGUCAACUUUAGCAAGUGGGUUUGAAGUGGAUGGCGGUCAGCUGAGAUUCCAGCUCUUCAAAUGGUUAGAAAAGGAAGUUGAAAUGCUGAAAGAAGUUUGUGAGUAUGAAAGUGGUCCAGACGAAACAGUUGCAGCAGCUAUGGAAGAACCGGAACAAAUUCCCGAAUAUGUCUCUGAAGAAACUUCUAAUACUCCUUUGCACGAAGCGCUAAGAAUGGACCGGAUGGAUUUGGAUUCCAAAAUAAAUAGUGCUAUAAGGCGGCGAAAGUGGUUAUUGUCAAAUCAAAAACUUCUGCGAUCUUUUACAUCAUAUUGCACUCUCCACAGUGCUCAAAAUUACAGACUGAUCUCAGCAUUAAUGGAGCUGCUAUUACUCCUCCUGGAAGUUAGACAAGAUAUGGGAGUAGUGCAGCAUAUCAGCGAACCAUUUCCUGUUAUCCAUUCCUUCCCACUUCUUAUGGCUUCUGUUUCGUCGUGCAAAAUGUUUGUUCCAUCUCCGCUGCAUUUUAUUGAAAAUCUUUCGUCUGAUUUGCUUUUGACGAUUGCUGAGAUAACGGAGCCACCACGGAUUAAUGUUGAUAACUCAUUAACAAAGGUUUAUAAGCUCUACAACCUUUGCCAAGGUCUUUCUUCGUGCCUGUAUCAAUCUCUGUGUGAUGUGGGUAACAUUUACUCACUGGGGCUUCCUCAGCAACAGUCAGGGGCGCUAACUAAAAGGUCACGUUACAUAUCGUUAACUGAAGACAUUCAAGUCACAACUUUACCUUCCAAAUGGCCUGGUGUUGAUAAUCUUGUUGCGUUACUUACUCGGGAAAAAGAUGAAGAAACCCCUCAGCUUCGCUUGCUUCUUGCAGAGACGUUAUUUGCCGUAGCAAUGUCUUUAUUUUCAUAUGCUUUUACAGCGUAUGAUUCCAGAUGGUUAUAUAGACUUGCAGCUCAUGCAUUUGAUGCAAAACAGUUUGCAAAUGUUUUUGGGGGAGGUGGAGAAAAAAAGUUCAAAACUGUACCGCCAAGGCCUCCAGAUCCAGUACUUAAGUCGAAUUCAAAAAUUAAAGGAUCGAAAGAUGCUGGUGAAAUCUCGAAUUCUCCCCAACCUAACUUAUCCAUAGACUCCUCUUCUUUUCGCGCCAAGUUUCAUGCUAAAGCACAAUCAGACGACUCGGCUGAAGAUGAGGAACGAGAUGGCUUAGUGACUCAAGAACAUAAUGAUCCUGAAAGUUUCGCUUGGAUUCUUAUGAGGGCUGCUUUGCAAUGUCUGAAAAUUUGGUUUCCAGAUUUACCUGCGAUUGCUCCACGUAUUUGUCUGAUGUUCCGAUUAUUAAAUGAUUGGGCGCAGUCAUUGGAGGAGCAACUGGAUGGAUUCGAUGGUGGUCCUCCUACACAACUUUUGCCAAAUACUGCUGUGGAGAAUAUUGACGACCGAUCGGGUCCUCUAGUUAAAUAUCGUGGCUUAGUUGAGACAGGAAAUACACCCUUUGAAAGUGAUGACCCGACAGCUUUGCCUGUCAGGAGGCUUUGGGCUUACCUCGUUCGUCAAGAGCACCUUACACCCAUUUUCGUACGCUACAUAUAUGGAGCUCAAGGUCAAAAAACGGAAAGACCCACUGUGUCGCACGAAGGAGCACUGGGUGAUACACAGUCGUCACAAACUGAAGCAUUUAAGAUUAUACAGAGAGAACACGAAGCAAUUUCAGCAUUUGCCUGUAGCCAGGUGAAGCCGGGUUGGAUAGUGGUUGCUACCUCAAAGGAGCUGCAAGAAUUGGAUAUUACACCGUUGCUUGAUGAGUGUGAAAACCGUCGGAGUACUUCGUGGCUGAAUAAUCGUACUGAACUUGAUAUUAGCUUAAAUGAGAUCAAAAAAGAUGUGCUGAAGGACAAUGACGAUUACCAGCUUUUUGUUUCUAACAGUAGAAAAACAAGCGGUGCAAACUUUAUGUCGCAAUUUAUUGUUGAUAGGAGUCGUAUGGCUUUAAGAAAGCUGCUGAAGCGGUCGGUUAGCAAUAUUCGUCGUAUGGAUGCUCAUCCUCUGCUACCAUACUGUAAGGAUGUUAGCGGUUCAUCUGACGGUUCAAUACGUUUGUGGGAAUGGGGCGUAGGGCAACCGUUGUUUACUCCGCGAGUAGCUGGACAGUUCUCCAAGCGGUUUACACUGAAAAGAGUUCAUAAUGUUACGAAAGUUGUUUUCUCUUCAAAUGGAAACAAGUUUGCUGCUGUAGAUGGAGACGGUAUACUGUGUAUAUGGCAAGCUAGUCAGGGCCUUCCCAUUCAGAAGCCAUUCUUUAACCAAAAAUGUCAUUCUAAAUCGGCUGCAGAUGUGCGCUUUCUUGGAUCGUCUUCGUCAGUUUUAGUAACUGCAGGCUACGGGUCGAAUGAGCAAAAUCUUGUUUUAUGGGAUACUUUACUGCCUCGGUCUAGCGCAAUGAUCCAUUCCUGGAUAGCACAUACUGAAGGAGCUGCAAGUGUUAUGUAUCUUCCAGCACAACAAGCAUUAGUUUCUGGUGGUCGCCAUGGUGAGUUGAGUUUGUGGGAUAUUCGUCAAAGGACGCUUCGCAGUACCGUAAAAUGCUUCGAAAAUUCGUCAGUGAAAUGUUUAGUGGGUGAACCAAGUCAAAACUUAAUUGUUGCUGGAUCUAAUGAUGGCGAUAUAAAAAUCUGGUCAUACGACAACGUGCUUGAAUUACGCACAACCCUUUCUGCAGAACACGUUGCGCGUGGCGGAUUUAGUUUACGGACAAGUGGAAUACAGGGAGUACAACAGUUAUAUGUAGAUGGAAAUUUUCGAUUGUAUUCGUGUGGUGCGGACUGUUCGUUGAAAUUCCGUUCUUUGCCUAGUCUUUUCAAAGAAUUCUCUUAGCG